CCUUGCCUCGAGGGUGCUGAUCAGCUCUCAUGAACGCGUAACGCUACUAACCGUUCGGCUGGCCUUUUCUGCAUCCCGAACCCAUUAAUCGAUCCCUUAGGCCCCCCAACAACCUACCACCCAGACCCUUCCAUUUCUUCGCCAGGAUAAUGCAUCCAGCGUCACGGCUUUGGUCUCGAUAUCUUGACUCGAACACGCGGGACGAUCCACGAACCACACGUGGAAGCCAUGGCCAUGCGUAAGCAUUUGGUGAAAAAGGGGGCAUGGUAUCGACCCAACAGACGCUCUACCACAGUGACAACGCCCACGCUGGUACUUUUAACUUUUGUCACCGCCUUCUUGGACGUAAUCGCUCCAGAUUGCUCACGAUCGAUCGCCCGUGCUUCUCAUCGCGUACGUGCAGAGCACCCAAUAGUCAUUUCGAGCUGAUCAUCAUCUUGACGAUGCUCAUACACGCGCAUCGACUUUUUCAAUCGCCG